AUGGCCGCCGAACACAGCAACGAGCACUUUAGGCUCGAGAAUCUGUUUAAUGUCAAGGGGAAGGUCGCCCUCGUCACCGGCGGCGGCUCCGGCAUCGGGCUGAUGGCCACGCAGGCCCUGGCCAAAAACGGCGCAAAAGUAUACAUAACCGGCCGAACACAAGACAAACUCGACCGCGUCGCCAAACUCUACAGCAAGAACAUCGAGGGACAAAUCAUCCCCUUGGCCGCCGACAUCACCCAAAAGGAAUCGAUCCAGAAACUCGCUUCCGAGCUCUCCUCGCGCGAGAGCGCCCUGCACAUCCUCAUCAAUAACGCGGGCGUCAGCAGCGCAACGCAGACGGUCGAGCACGAGGAUCCCGAGGAGCUGCGCAAGGCGCUCUUUGAGGAUCCCUCGAGUAACAUGGAGGAGUGGGAUAAGACGUACCGGACGAAUGUGGUGCAGUGCUUCUUCACGACAACAGCCUUCCUCCCGCUCUUGCAAAAGGGGACGGAUGAGCAGCGCGGGUGGUCGAGCACCGUCAUCAACAUCUCAUCGAUUAGCGGUAUCGUCAAGAUCAGCCAGCACCACUUUGCGUACAACGCCAGCAAGGCGGCGACGAUUCACUUGACCAAGAUGCUUGCCCAGGAGAUUGCGAGCUCGAAUCUCAAGAUCCGUGUUAAUAACAUUGCGCCUGGUGUCUUUCCCAGUGAGAUGACGGCGGGUGAGAGCGAUGAGAAGCAGAAGAGUGCGCUCCCGAAGGAAAAGUAUGAGAAGAUUCCGGCAAGGAGGCCUGGAAAGGACGAGGAUAUGGCCGGGGCGGUGCUCUUUACUGCGACGAACCAGUAUCUGAAUGGGCAGACGAUUGUUGUUGAUGGGGGGUAUGUCCUGUCGACGGGGACGCUCUAG